AUGCUGACACAAGCAAAGACGAUAAGUGAAAGCAGGCAGGAUGCCAUUCUCGCAUCACAGCCAUUCGGGCCAAUUCUGCCCCGGCCACGCGAAGAACUCCCUCGAGGAGGUCAUCCAGGCCGCGAUCGCGCAGAAGAUGCAGGUUUUCUGUCUGACGGAGCACAUGCCGCGGGGGAAAGAGGACUUUUAUCCGGAAGAGAACAAUGGCUGGUCGAAAACGAAGCCGCAUUCUUCCGCGAGGCGUCGCGGCUGCGCGACAAAUACGCCUCGCAGAUCAAGAUCCUGAUCGGAUUCGAGAUCGACUGGAUCCGUCCGUCGUCGUUCACCCUCAUCCAGCAGUCCCUGUCGCGGUUUCCCUUUGAAUUCUUCGUCGGAUCCGUGCAUCACGUCCACACGAUCCCGAUCGACUACGAUGGGCCCAUGUACGCCCAGGCGCGGGAAGUUGCCGGUGGAACGGACGAGCGGCUCUUCGAGGACUAUUUCGACGCGCAGCUCGACAUGCUCCAGCAGCUGAAGCCCCUCGUGGUCGGCCACUUUGAUCUCAUCCGGCUGAAGAGCGAUGACCCGAAUGGCAGCCUCACGCGGUGGCCCGGCGUGUGGGCCAAGAUCCGCCGGAAUCUCGAGUUUGUGGCCAGCUACGGGGGGAUGCUGGAGCUCAACUCGGCUGCUCUGCGGAAGGGCAUGAGCGAGCCUUAUCCGAAGGCCGAGAUCUGUAAGGUAGAUCCUAUCUUACAUCUAUCAUAUACACUGCUCGCCAUGGCAGCUGCAUUGACAUUUUUUCUUUCAGGAAUUCCUAGCCAUGAACGGACGUUUCUGCCUGUCCGACGACAGCCACGGCGUGCCCCAGGUUGGGCUGAAUUACCACCGGGUCCUCGAUUUCAUCGACCAGGUCGGCAUAUUGACGAUACAUUAUCUCGACUUGUCGACUGCAGAGGAGACAGGGACGGACAGUCGAUUCCCUCGCACCCAGAUCCGGUCGAUUUCUGUUGCGGAGCUGAAGAAGUUGCCGUUCUGGUUAUCAACAGCAUGAAUGCGUUUCCUCGAAUAAUACUGUACAGUCCGUCAAUGGGUGUCUUAUUGGACUGUUCUUUUCUUCUUUCAAUCAAUCAGAUCAGAUCAGCUCAGAUCAGAUCAAAUAAGUCCAUGUCACGGAAUUGGACGAUAAAUACAGAUAUUGUAUAUAUAUAUAUCAUGCCCUGGGCAGGUCACAGACAGUACACCCCCUAUUAUUUACUGUACAUAUCAUUCAAACAGGCCCCUGGUCAGUCAGUCAGUCAGGAAGCCAGGCAGUUAAUACAUUAA